AUGAGGAAAAGUCGGACGCACGACUCCACCUACACGCUGUACAGAUUAGGGGAGAGGCUGUCGAGCGGGGUGAGGCUGUACGUGGAGACCGGAAGAACGGACGGAAUGGACGCAGACGGUGACUCGCCGAACAGCUUACACUCGUUCACCGGGCCACCGGUGCCGCAAGGAGAGGGGACCAGUAUCGCGAGAGCGUUCCUCGAUGGGAAUCACACUCUGAUAAGCAUCAUGGCGCGCAUCAAUCCAAGUCCCGACUGGUUCGUGGGGGUCGAUUCCUUCCAGCUGUGCGUCGAGGGGAACUGGGUCGACACGGUGACCGUCGAGCUGGAUCCGCUGGACGGUGGGACCGAUAACGGGUUCACAUUCACGGCUGCCAACUGGCCGACGCAGCCCCAAGGAAUCGCCUAUAGGAUCACGUCACGAUACCCGGCACACCCAGCGGGAAGCUUUUAUUAUCCGAAUCUACCUCGUCUGCCACCGAUCGCCACCCUAACGUUCACCAAGCUACGGGAGUACACGUUGACCGAAACGUAUCACGAAGACGACGUCGAGGUGGAAUUCGUCAGCAACGACAAUCUACUGGCGAACAGUCCGACCCCCAGGGGCAUCGAUCCGAACAGGGACCUGAACGAGGCCAUCGCCGAGGAACGAAAGGAAAUGGACACACAGAGAUACAGAUACUGGACAACGACCGGAAGCGGCCAGAUGGUGACCGACGUUCCGCGAGACAACAAGGCGGCGAUCAUGGACAGCAUAGCCUCGUCGUACGCGUUGCAGAGGCAAAGACUCGCCUCUGCCGCGACAGCCGCGCCAAGAAUCUCGAAACUCGAGGGGAAGAUCGGCUGGCCUUACUACCAAAAGUACAAACAAACGGCGGAAGCGCAGAAGGCUGAAAUUUUCGAGGACAUCCAGAGGAAAAUGGCGAACGCGACCGGAAGCGGCCGCUCGUGGAACUCCACCGCGGCCGACAUCGCGACGACCCAACGUCAGCACAGGCUCAGAAUGAAACAUCAUCGACUAACGUCCAAAGGGAAACGCUUGAGAACGCGUCCUCCGAGAGAUUGCAAGGUCGGAGAAUGGGGCCCAUGGAGCGCGUGCAGUCGUAGCUGCGGCGUAGGGGAGACACAGAGGACGCGGAAGAUCACGAUAAAGCCACGGCGUGGCGGGUCAUCGUGUCCACCCCUGAAAGAGACCAAGUGGUGCGGCAGCGCGAGCCCCUGCUCCGACGGCAAAUCCAUCCUGGACAGCUAUCAAUGGUAGUCGUGUGGUCGUCGGUGAAACGAUCCCGUGAACGACGAUGCCGUCGACUCGAGAUGAUUUACCCAGAACGAUCCGAGAGGGAGGAUGCGAGGGAGGGGAGCCUCCAUCGUUCGGUGGGCUCCUCGCGCGGAUGGAAAUAGAUGAACGCGGCUGGAUCGUUAUUAGUGGUCCGCUAGAUUGCGUCAAUAACGUUAUCGUAGUCGUAGCACCAAAGAUUUCGCACGGGGCAGAGACGCGUCGACAUCACAAUUAUCGCGAUCGAUCGAUACUACGAAGAACAGAGGGAGAAAGAGAGAGAGUGAUGAACAAUACUACGUCUACUCGUACACACGCAAGAGCGAGUAGCGAUAGGCAAGAGCGAGUAGCGAUGAGAAAACAGAGUCGAGAGCGAACCUUGGCCUACAAAUCCUCAAUUACCCUCAGUAGUUCGUGUUCAAAUUUCGCCCGAUCGAAUCGACAUAUUUCCCCGACGUAGCAGAACAGUUUGGAAAGUUCGUGGAAAGAGGGGGAGAAACGAACGAGUUAGAAGGUGAAGGUUUAGUCGUUCGAGCGUAGAAUGGCGGUUAAUUCUCGACGCUUUUCUAUCGCGACCCCGAUCGAUCGCCGAUCGACAUCUCGACCGUUACCUGCGCGACAUUUCCUACGCGUCAGCUUGGAAACGAACGCGACCGAUUCGAGAGCUCGUAUCUCGAUGGAGUUAGUUCACUCGCCGACUUAGCUUUCGAUCCGACUCCGGUGUUGUAUCCCGUGGAAACGAACGAGAACAAGUUUCGCCGUGAGACGGAAACGCCUGAGCCUGGGCCCCCCCACUAAACGGUCGAAACGAACGCGUUUGUCAUUCGUAGCCUCGGCCGAUCGGAAACGAGAUAAAGGUUGUCGCGAAAAUUCCACGUGAAUUCGAGCCGGUUUACGGAUUAUCCCAGGAUGAAACGGGAAUUCCCGGACGUCGGGAUCCGCUGAAACUCGGAUACGGGCGUUCCAGUAUAUAUAUCCCGUCGGAGCGGAAAAACAGCCGAAAAAAAGGAGCAAAGAGAGAAGAAAGAGCAAGAAGAAGGGGGUAAUACGUACGAGUUUGGCGAAGGUUCGAAAAAUUGCUGGCAAUUCCCCGAGGCCGAGGCGUUGAACGCAAUUAGUCGACCGACCUUGCACGUGCACCGUGCUUCACCGGCGGCGCGCGUGUACGUGUAUCGCGUGUGUACGUGUGACGAAUGAAGAAGCCGGCGGGAUGAGAAAGUUUCCCUUCGAAGUAGAAAAUCCAGCGGGUGGUUCGCGUGUCGAUCGGCGGUCUUAGAGGGACUUAGUCGCCGGUCCCCGGAUAUCCUUUUAUCCGAAACUAGCUUUGCAUUUGUUCGCCGCUCGUGUCCCGGAAGCUGAGAGCGUCUAUUGAUUCUGGACGCCGGCGUCUGUGAACUCGCCGUUUCAGACGGAGGAAAUAUCCGUAGGAUAUAAGAUUAUGGAAACGCUGUGUUUGAAAUUUUUUAACACUUUGUAAGUUGUAAUCAGAGAGAGAGAAAGAAAGAGAAAGAAAGAGUAUCUCUUAUUAGUCGACCGCGUAGCAAAGUGUGAAUAUCGAUCGUUUCGCUGCGUCCGAAUUUACACGACGUUGUAUCGCUGCGAUUCUCCAUUAACCUUUUAACCGAGUGCGCUCCCUCGCUCGAGUGGCGUUCGAACGAUGCGUUUCAAUUUAUCGAUCCGGGUCUUCCCGCGCGGAAACAACAGACACCGAGUACUUUAUCAUCCAUUGUUUCCUUUUGAAACGCUCGAAUACUCGGUUAAAGGGUUGAGGGGCGCGCUUUUCUCGACGAGGAAGAGAAGUAUAAACACCUUACGACGCUUGUCUCGCCCUGUCGAAUUCACAAGCGAGAUUUACAAAAGCGACAUGAAGAGAAUGCGACAUGGAGAGAAGAAAAAAAGAAAACGAAAGGAAGAUUCGUUUUCCCCGCGCGCCCCGCGCACUACGGUCUACGUAGCUCGUACUCGCGUGGCGCGGCAGGGAAAUUUUUACAAGCGGAAAAGCAGAAACGAAAAAAAAGAAACAAAAAAAAAAAAAAAGAAAAAGAAAGAAAGGAAGGAAAAAAACAAAAAAGAUAUCAUCAGGUACGUCUUAGAGUGAGUGUAUUAUAUCUUAGGCGUAAAAUUUAACGAUAAUAAUUAACAACUAACGUUUAAUCGUAAAUUCGUUAAUUAAUAGGCUCUGGUAUUAUGGCGACCGUCAAUGGUCGCGCGCGCAACGGCUUGUCCUCCUCUCGCGUUCCGUUUGUCGAGGGACAAAUCCUGUCGCGUCGUUUCGAGUAAUUAAAACCAUCGAACGUGGCGAACGUGUUCGGAGCUAGGGGAAAGAGAACGAUAUACCAUAUUCGUUUCGAUUUCAUUCGACUCGUUUCUACGAAAACAGGCUUCGACAUUGACACAUCGCUGGGAAAUCAUUCGUCUGUCACCGCGUUUUUUUUUUUUUUUUUCUUUUUCUUUAAGUCAAAUAGAAACUUACAAUUGGAGAAAUUACAAAUUACAUCGACACACAAUUUUGCUUGAUCGUGUCUUGAUUGAGAAUCACUAUUUGCCGCUUGCUCCGAUCGCUGCCGAAGAGAAAGGCGACAGUACAUUUCACGAGGCCGCGAGAAGGUGGAAAUAAAUUUAAAAGGGAAGAAUCGACAGAGUACAAAAAGAAAGAAAAAAAAAAAAAAAGAAGGAAAUAGUCGAGAUUUAUGUCUCCGAUUUUCGGACUGCGAAAGUUAUACGUAAUAAUUCGCGGGAUAAAGGGGAGCAGAGGUUUCGCGAACGAACUCGCCUCGUAGCCACGUAGACGAGAGAAAGUUGUUCGGUGAAUCGUGAAAUUUCUCGCGGUACAAUACGAGAGACGAGAGAGAGAGAGAGAGAGAGAGAGAAGAGGGGGGGGGCGGCCUUUCGUUUCAGCGAGGAAGGAGGUAGGACCAAGCCGUCGCAGUUUUAGCAGCAUUAAGGAUGAACGUUUUAUAAACUAAACGCUCGAGGGGACGCUUUCUUAACGAAAGUUUCAACGACACGGAGAGAGAGAAGGAGUAGUAGCUGUGCUUUGCCUAAGAAAUAAAAGCGCGAGAUAACAAGGAGAGGAGACGUUACCAAAGAGAACGCUCGUGUAAAUGUACAUCUUAUCCUUUCCUGUAUUCCCCGCCUUCCCAACUCCCCUUUAGCUUUUUCCGCCUCUCCUGCCCCCCCGAAACUAACUUUCUCCUCUCUGUCUUGUGCUCUUCGAUCUUCCGUUCUAUCCCCCUGUUCUACCACCUUUUCCCAACCCCCCAACAACGUCUCUGCGCGAUUUUUCUUCCUGCCUGUUCUUCGUGCUUGUAUCGUACGCAUACAUAUAUAUAUAUAUAUAUAUAUAUAUAUAUAUAUAUAAAACUAACUUCUUCCUCUCUUUCUCUCUUCUCCCCAACGCGUGAACUGGAAGGCUCACGGAAGACAAUGACAAAUCAAUGAGAGAGACCCGACCGGAGGGAAGAAAGGAGGAUGAUUCUGUACAAGUCACUGUGCAUUCUAGCAUCUAAGGACCUAGCCGAUAGGACUAGCCGUUAAGCAAGAACAUGUAGCAAUGUAUAACACAUAAGUUUAUAUUACAUAAUAAAAUCUGUCGAUAAAACAAAAAAAAAAAAAAAAAAUCCGUUCGAACGAUAUUUUUCACUUGUGACAAGUAUGAUGAAUGGUAUUCGUAUAUCGUAAUAAAGUAGCUAUUAUUUCAGGAA